UCAUAACAUAACCAUAACAAAAUUUCGAGGUUAGGUUACGCCGUGUUGUAGUUGUAUAGGUUAGUUAUUUUGUAAUAUCAUUGACAUUAUUAUUUGCCUUACCAAUUAUAUUUACAAUGGACAUAGAGAAUGAAGAAGUCAACGACGAAGAGAUGAAAGAAGACGUACAAAACAAUGAAAAUGAUGACAACUCAAAAGUUGAAAAGAUACCAAGGAAAAUAUAUCUCCCGGGACAACCCUUAGCCCCUGAUGAAGAACUGGUGUGCGAUCCAUCAGCCUAUAUAAUGCUCCAUGAAUAUAAUACGGGAUCCCCUUGCCUAAGUUUUGACAUUAUAAAGGAUUGUUUCGGCAACAACCGAGAGGACUACCCGUUGACUGCUCAUAUUGUUGCUGGGACCCAGGCAGAUCGUCCAAAUAACAACAGUGUUAUUGUGACUAAGCUUUCCAAUAUGCACAAGAUACAAGAUGAAGAAUCAGAUUCAGAUAGUGAUGAAGAUGAUGAAGAAGAUGCAGCGCUAAAACCAAAAAUGGAAUCCAUCUUAAUAAAACACCACGGUAGUGUCAACAGGAUUAGGGUGACUCAGAAUGGGGACGCGGUGUUGUGUGGAGUAUGGUCGGAGCAAGGUAAAGUGACUCUGUUAGAUCUCAAGCCUCAGUUGGUAUCCCUGGAGGACCCGAUAGAAGCUGCGGCUCGGAGGAAGACCGGUGGUCGAGUGGGUGAACCAAUCAGGCCGUUGUUUGUGUUCACAGGACAUCAGUCUGAGGGCUACGGCAUAGCCUGGUGUCCUACUCAACCUGGUGUGCUAGCCACUGGAGACUGUCGUCGCAACAUUCAUGUGUGGAAGCCAGCAGACAAUGGGGCCAGCUGGAGUGUGGACCAGCGACCACUUGUGGGACACUCUGCCUCUGUCGAGGACCUGUGCUGGUCUCCUAACGAGCCUUACGUGCUCGCCUCCUGCUCUGUUGACAAGACGAUACGUAUCUGGGACACACGGGAAGCUCCGACCAAGGCCUGCAAGCUGACUGUGGAGGCACACACCAGUGAUGUCAAUGUCAUCAGCUGGAAUGAGAAGGAGCCACUGAUAGCCUCCGGGGGCGAUGACGGCUUUCUACACAUCUGGGACUUGAGAAACUUUCAGACCGGGAGCGCUGUGGCCAGCUUGAAGCAUCACUCAGCACCUAUCACUACAGUAGAGUGGCAGCCAUGUGAGAGUUCCGUUUUAGCAGCUGGUGGAGAGGACGACCAGAUAUCACUGUGGGACUUGGCUGUGGAGCGAGAUGAUACUGACACCGACACAGAAAUCAAGGAUUUGCCGCCUCAGCUGAUGUUUAUUCACCAAGGUCAGACAGAGGUCAAGGAGCUCCAUUGGCAUCCUCAGCAGCUCGGUGUCAUCAUCAGUACUGCCAACAGUGGCUUCAACGUCUUCCGUACUAUCAGUGUAUAAUAAAAUGAUUCUUUUCAA